UUCCUUUUUGAUUUUAUUGAAGCCCAAUACAAAAGCAGAACAAACAUUUUAAAUAUAACUAAUACUAAUAACAGGUGACAAUAAAUUAACUUCUUAACGUGGAGAAAAAGGCAGAAAUAGCACCCUUUCAUGGUGUUGGCUCUUAAUGCUUCGACCCUGCCAUAACAUCCGAUAACGUGGAAGGAGGAAAUUUAAGAUAUUUUCUGGUAAGGACUGACGACCCUGCGGGCACCCCCCAGCAAGGGGGCACAGCCCGUGCCGCUCAGUUGUGUGCCCAGCUCCGCAGCGGAGCCCCGCGGUACGAGUUGCCGCUGACACACGACCCCACAUACCCCCGGGCGGCGUUUCGGCGUUUCACGAGGCGAUUUUUGUUAAAAAUAGUGCAAAAACAGAGGCGGGGAGCGCUCCCCUCAGCCCCCAGCCGCCAUCUUCCCGCCGCUCUCCACAGCUCGCCCGCCGCCCUGCCCGGCCCCGCGGGGCGCCCUUCGCCCCGCCUCGGUCACUUUUCCCCGGCUCCGGGCUUCCCACCCGGCACGGCCCUUCCCCGGCGGGCCGCUACGGGACAGGGGGGACGGCGGGCACCGCCGGGAGCCGUCCCUUCACCGGGGGUAAGCGCCGGCUGCGCCUACAGGUCCCGGCAUGCCGCCGCCUCCCGGCCCCGGGGCCGCCGGCACCCACCGCCGCCCCAUUGUGCUCCAGCCGGAGCGAACGUCGCCGCGCUCCGCUCGGGCUCCCUCCCCCCCCGUCCGCCUUCCAAGUGGUCCCGUCCACAGCUCCGCUCGGCGCCCGGCGGAAGGUCCCAUCCGUGGGAAACGGGAGGGGCCGGCGCGGCUGGGCGAGGCGGAGAGCGGAACGGAGCUCUCCCCCGAGGCCGGGCUAGGCGCUGAUUAGCGUGACGGGCGACCAAUAGGAUGAGGGAACCGUGGGGGAAAGCCAAUAGGAGGGACGCGGGGGCGGGCCUCUUCCCGAGGCCGGGGCGGCGGGUGCCGCGCCUGCGUAGGGAGGGCGGGGGGAGGGCAGGAGGAGGAGGGGACUACGUCGUGUCCCUGUGGCGGUGGCGCCCGGGGAGGGUCGGGCGGAGGGAGGGGAGAUGGAGGGGGCGGCCGGGCGGCUCUGAGCGGGGUGGGGAGCCGGGAGCCGGGCCGGGAGCCGGGCCGGCAGCGUGAGGAGAGGCGA